CCCGAAGUUUAACUAUGGCUUUGGCAUACAGCAUUUCUCAAUGCCUCCUCUACAAAUACCAGUGCAAGCCUCUUGACAUAGUGAAAAUCAAGUUAUCUUCAGAUUCAGAUCGAACAAAACCAAAUAAAGUAUCUGAAAUCCAAGCAAAGAAGCGAUGCUUGAGGUGCAAAACCCUUUACCUUGAAGCAGAUAAUUCCCCUACAGCAUGCUCCUUCCACGGCCAUGCUACCGGAGAGAGAAAGGAUUUUGCGUUGGCUCCUCCACACCUGGGGAUUGAUGGAGGCUGGACUGACCGCUCUGGAGUCAUCGUGUACAAAUGGAAUGAAAAAAACAAUAGACCAAAUACUGGACGUGCCAAUUGGAAGAAGAGAUGGAGUUGCUGUCAAGAGUAUGAUGAAAAUACACCACCUUGUAGCCGUGGAUGGCAUGUCUCAUAUGAUGAUGGCUUCACUUUAUAUUAGAUUCCAUUUACUUUUAGUAUAAUACCACAUUGUAUAUUCAACAGCAUUUCAACUUGUGACAACUAGUAUGAUACUGACCCAAGUUGUGCUACUGUUAUGUAUCUUAUUGUUGAUAAGUGCCAGACUUUGGUUUGAUAGAAAAACUUGUGAGAUGCACUUUCUUCCUGUUCAGGGUGUUCAUCUUAGCUGCAUUUAGCUGAAAAUCGCAGACCACCUUUCAAGUGCACAGGUAUUAGAGCCAAUGUUUAAUUCUUUCAUAGCUGUGCAGAGCAUUUUGAUCUGAUUGAUCAAUAAAUUUGAAAGGUAGAGACUGGACAAGCUGCCAAAUGAAAUACUUGCAGGAGCCCUCUCAAGUUUGAAUGUUAGAAUCAGUUGAUCCACCGUGCUCGCCUUGCAUGUCAGAAGCAGAAUUGUAUGUAUUUGUACUGAAGCAACAGAAAAAUCUGCAGAAAAUUUGUCUCAACAAGUCAACAGAACAUCAUGGAAGAAAACUUGUCUUCCUGCUACAUAAAGUAGUAAACUUUUUAAUGUCUCUCAACUCAUAGCAAGGAGAUCGAAAUGAAGACCUUCGGUCCCAACAUGUAUCAUGUAAAUCUUUUUAAUUUUUUUUAGGUUUUCCGGUACAUGUGCGUCAUUGCUGUAUUACUUAAUUACUUGUGCAGAACAGCCUGGAGCACCAGAGUUGUGGUGUAUG